GAUAAUUGUUGAUUAUCUUGAAGAUAUUAUUUUAACACGCUUUCUAUUUCACAAACUUAUUAAAAAUGAAAAAGUUUAUUUACACUUUUUUUUCCAUUGAAGACACACUGGUCCAGUGACCCAGUGUAUGGAAAAAAAAAUAUAUGAAAAAAGUUUAAAAAAUAAAAGUAACAAGUUUGUAAUUUGAUUAGCAAAUGGGGAUAAAAAGUAAAUAUCUCGUUUGUUUAGUUUAAAAAUUACUCCUAUUACUUUACAACGUAUAUAAAUUGAUUUUAAUUUGCCAAGUUUGCAGUUUAAACUUGUCUUUCAUAUAUCAAGUAACUUAUUUUAUACUUUUUUUAUUUUGUAAAUUUAAUUAAACAGUAUCAAUGAAAAAUAAUUUAACCAAGAAAGAAUAUAGCUUGAUUAAUAUAUAUAAAUAAAUAAUAUAUACAAAAUGAAAGUUUUAUUAUUUUAUUUUAUUUUAUGCUGCAUCAUCAGUUGUUGCAUUGCUGAUGAUUAUGAUGAUAAAAAAACUUUUCGUGAUAUUUAUCAUCCAAGAAAAAAAGGAAAACACGAAUUGCUUUUUUUGAGAAAAGGCGGAUUUAGCAGUGUUUAUUUCAAUCCUCUUCAUGGUCUUGGGUUGCUUGGAGGUGUACAAAGCAUUGCUGCAUUUGUGAUAUUUAAAAUAAAAAUUAUAUUGGUUGUUAUGACAAUAAUUGGAGUUGGAUUUUUGGCACUUAAAUUUUUUGGUAUUUAUAAAUAUUCAAAUUAUCUUUAUAAAGAUAAUAAUUAUCCAAUUAUUGAAGGACCAAUAUUUGAACACGGACAUUAUCCAUUUCAACAUGAUCAUGUUAAACACGAAGAAUAUGGUAAUGAAUGGUCUUCUGCCCCGAGCUAUUACUCUCGAUCUGACAAGAAUAAUUAUUCACCCACUUUAUUUUAUCAAGAACCUCAUUUUAUAAAUAACAUUGAGAACAUAAUAUAUUCUUUAAUUAAUAUGUCAAAUGAAAAUUGCCAAAAACGUUUUUUAUGUCAAUUAAAAAAACUAACAAUAUCAUCAACAAAUUUAAGUACUGCUAUCAAUGAUUGUACAAAAUCCCAUUCAAAUUGUAGUGAUGAAAAAACAGUUAAAUUUCGACGUCGAAGAUUACAAUGGGAUAACUUGAAUAUGAAAAAAAAUAAUAAUAUGAAAUAAUGAAACAUAAAAUGAUAAAUAAUAAAAUUAUAAUAAAAUAAAAAGUCAA